AAAAUCAUAUAUAUACAACAUGCAAUGCAGCCUUUAGCUGAAACACCCAAACUCAAGAGGACAAACAGCCAAACUUCAAGAAAAAGAACUGCAGUUAUUAUCACGAAAAACGAAAGCAGCUGUUUCUCAAGGGUUGUCACUGUCUUGUAGGGUACCUCACUAUGAAUCUACUGUGUUUACUGGCUGUUUGCAUAGCUACUGCUGAUGUUUUUGUUGGAGCGGAUCCUAAACUUGAUGGUCAGUGGGAUUCUUGGAAACAUGUCCAUAGUAAAACUUACCCUAAGGGUGAAGAAGAAUCCAGGCGAAAGACAUGGGAGGAGAACUUCCUAUAUAUUAAUCAGCACAAUGAACAGGAAUCUAUGGGAAAACAGUCUUUCAGGCUUGAACUGAACCAAUUUGCAGACAUGACCAGUGACGAGUUCUCACGGCAGAUGAAUGGAUAUAAACACACUGGGCUUGCCAAAGAGAAGUUAAAGCACUCUUCCUUCUCACGACUCACUAAUACUACAGUGUUACCUGACAAUGUGGACUGGCGUGGAACUAAAUACGUAACUCCAGUGAAGAACCAGGGCAAUUGUGGUUCUUGCUGGGCAUUCAGUGCUACUGGAGCUCUGGAAGGGCAGCUUUCCAAGAAAACUGGCAUGCUGGUGUCACUAAGUGAGCAGAACCUCAUAGACUGUUCAUGGCCUCAGGGGAACCAGGGCUGCAAUGGAGGUUCAAUGGCUCACGCUUUCCAGUAUGUCCAUAUUAAUCAUGGUAUUAACUCUGAAUCCAACUACCCAUACACUGGUACGGAUGGAAAUCCUUGCCAGUACAAUGCUCAGUACAAUGCUGGAACAUGUACUGGCUAUAGUUUAAUUGAAAGUGGAAAUGAAAAUGCUGUGAAGGCUGCUGUUGCAUCCAUUGGACCAAUCUCUGCAGCUAUGAAUGCAGGCUUGGAGACCUUCCAGUUUUACAGAUCAGGAAUUUAUACUGAUCCUAAGUGCUCCAGUAGAGUACUGAACCAUGGUAUUGUGAUUGCUGGUUACGGAUCUACGAUACAAAAUGGGACUUAUACCAACUACUGGAUUUGUAAAAACAGUUGGGGUACAACGUGGGGCAUGCAAGGAUACUUUCUUGUGGCAAGAGGCAAACGUAACUUAUGUGGAAUUACCCUAAAAGCUCUCUACCCUCUGGUAUAAUGUCUCAGCAGAUGGGAGAUAUCAUCUGGAAAGCAAAAUACAGAAAGAAUAUAUUACCUGGCAUUAAGACUUCUACACUGAAUUUGGAGCAAGAGGGCUUCAAUAAACAUUUUAAUUAUAGAAUUAUCAGUUUUCUUAAAUGUUAAUGAGUUUGGGACAGUCAGCGAUGGCAUCAGAUGCCUGGCUAAUUGAUUCUGCUUUGCACCAUGAACAUUAAGCUACAUUUUUAGUUCAUUUUCCAAUAAGAUGUUUGCAAAGCCAGUGCCAUCUGCAGGUGCCUGACUAGACAAUUCUGUGUUACACCAAUAAUGUAAAGCUGCACAGUGAGUUUAUUUUGCAUCAGAAAGUUGUAAAAAAAAAAAAGUUAGGGAUACUUUAAGUCACAUUUUAUAAUGCUAAGCCUUCGCCAACACAUUGAACCAGAAGGCAUUGAAAUAACUGUCCCAAUCUCAGCAUAAAUGUAUUUUGUAUAAUAUAUGUGGCACAAACUCAUCCCACCCUACCACUGCAGCCCUGCUACUUAAAUUGCACCUCAAAUUGGACUUCUUGCAGAAAAGAAACAUAAAUAAAUCUCCCAAGCACUAUAAACCUUAACCAUCUUCCACAAUGAUCUCUUACCCUUGCUUCUACUUCCUCUCCUACACUGUACCACAUAAACUCCUCCUAACCCACUCCUUUCUCCACUAUAAAUCAUCCUUUACCCCUCCCACCUCUCUUAGUGAUACACAAUUUCACAGACCUUUGUUUGAGGAAUUGUGUUACCCGGAUCUGUUCAAACUGAUCAACAUGGCAGACUGUUCAGUCUUUGUCACUGUAUGUAUAGCAGUUAAUGUAUUCAUCUACCUCCUUUGUUCAAAGGCUGCACACAGUUUGGGUAAUUGUACUUUACAGAAAAGGUUUAAUUCCUGCUAAAACUUCUGUGUUUAAAAGGGAGGAAGCUGGUUUUGAAAUAGGUCCACUUAGUAAACUGCACCUAUAUUAGUUACAAGAUAGACCACUGAGAUAUCGCCUGUAAACAGAUACAAAAAUCCAAGCUUUGUUGGCAGGAAUUACCCAUAAAGACCUAAGAAGGAAACAGUCAUGGGCAUUCAGAAGCCUUGUAGUUGAAACACUGGUAUAUCUUUAAGGGGCCAUUAGCAUACAUCCCAUGAGACACCACUUAUAGGAGGAUUAAUAUAUUAUACUGUGAAGACUGGCCUGUCUGGAUCUUUAUUGCAGUUUUUUUUUUCCUGUUGGAUUUUACUGACCUUACUAAUAAACUUGUAAUUAUCUUGCAA